AUGGCUGCCAUGGCUUCUCUUUACCUAAAAAACCCGGCCCCUUUAUCCCAUUCUUUCGCCCAACCAACGAAAACCCAUUUUGCGCCACCUCUUACACUCCGCCUCCGUCACGGUCCCGCCUCGAAAACCAAAUAUCCGACCCGGAUAUCCGCCUCGUUGAUCAACCCGGAUGGAGGGAAACUAAUCGAACUCUUCGUUGAAAAAUCAGAAAAGGACUCCAAAGUAGAACAGGCCUUAGGGCUACCCAAGAUCAGGCUCUCGAAAAUCGAUCUUCAAUGGGUUCAUGUUCUCAGCGAAGGCUGGGCCAGUCCAUUGAAGGGGUUUAUGCGUGAGUCGGAGUUUCUCCAAACGCUUCAUUUUAACUCGCUCCGGCUCGAAAAUGGGUCAGUUGCGAACAUGUCGGUGCCGAUUGUGCUCGCCAUAGACGAUGCUCAGAAGGGUCGGGUCGGAUCUUCUACCAGCGUGGCGCUUGUGGACGAUGAAGAUAGCUUGGUAGCCAUCUUGAGCGACAUUGAGAUUUACAAGCAUAAUAAAGAAGAAAGAAUAGCAAGAACUUGGGGAACCACUGCACCUGGUCUACCUUAUGUCGAGGAAACUAUUAGCCGUGCUGGAAACUGGCUGAUUGGUGGUGAUUUGGAGGUUUUAGAACCGAUCAAGUACAAUGAUGGUCUUGAUCGUUUCCGUCUUUCCCCAGCACAACUACGAAACGAGUUUGAGAAACGGAAUGCAGAUGCAGUAUUCGCUUUCCAGCUCAGAAAUCCGGUGCACAAUGGACAUGCUUUAUUGAUGACUGACACACGCAGACGGCUCCUUGAGAUGGGAUACAAGAAUCCCAUCCUUUUGCUUCAUCCGUUGGGAGGGUACACAAAGGCAGAUGAUGUUCCACUUCUUUGGCGAAUGAGGCAACACGAGAAGGUGCUUGAAGAUGGUGUUCUUGAUCCAGAGACGACAGUAGUUUCUAUUUUCCCAUCUCCGAUGCACUAUGCUGGACCUACUGAGGUACAAUGGCAUGCUAAGGCUCGAAUAAAUGCAGGUGCAAACUUCUACAUCGUUGGUCGGGAUCCAGCUGGCAUGAGCCACCCACUUGAGAAAAGAGAUUUGUACGAUGCCGAUCAUGGUAAGAAGGUACUCAGCAUGGCUCCUGGACUUGAGCGGCUCAACAUUCUGCCAUUCAAGGUCGCUGCAUAUGACAAGACUCAGAGUAAAAUGGCAUUCUUCGAUCCAUCAAGGCCUCAAGAUUUUCUGUUCAUAUCUGGCACCAAGAUGCGUACGCUUGCGAAGAACAGGGAGAACCCUCCAGACGGAUUUAUGUGCCCAGGUGGUUGGAAAGUCUUGGUGGAAUAUUAUGAUAGUUUGAAUCUGGUUGAAAACGCAAAGCAGCGUAGCAGCAUGCAGAUCAUGGGGCGCUGCAGAUAUGGGUUCUUUCCUCCAUUUUUUAUCCAGAAGCUUUUGGUUCUGCUCCAUCGUGGCUGUGAUAAUAAAGUGGACGGUUUGGGGGAGGAGGUGGCAGUGGUGGCAAUGGUGGUGGGAUGGGAUGUGGUGGUGGCGAGUGUGAUGCUGGAGAUGGUGUAG